AUGUGGGUUGUGAAGGGAAAAAAUGGAAGCCAACACCUUGAAUUGGUCUUACAAAAUGGAAUGAGCGAUCAAAUUCAUGUCACCAGUAGGAGCCAAGACUUUAAAGAUUUGAUUGAACAACUAAAGGAACAUGAAACUUAUUAUAUUUACAAUGGAGAGUUUAAAUACCAGCUCACAUUCAACUUUCAAUUAAAUCUAAAACUUUCUCAAUGGACUUUCAAACCUGAUAUAUUAUAUGAUGUCAUUGGUGUUUUACAAGAUGUUGUGAAGACACAAAUUGGAGGUGGUGGUAAGAAGUCGUGUGUCAAUAUCACUUUACGUGAUAUUUAG